ACCGUUCGUUUAUAAAUUGUUUUGUUGUUUGAAUUUUACUGUUAGACCUAAUUAAAGUUUUAUAUAAAGUUAAAAUUAAGUUCUAUAAAAUAUAAAGGAUGGAAUUCGAGAAUUGACUGUUUUUCUUGUGUAUUCGUCACUAUGACUUCUGAAAUAGAUGCUAUUGGAACAAACGAAUUUUUACGUCGUCGAAAACUGAGACUUCAACAGGUUAGAGAACAAUCGAAAGACAUAGCUAAGAAAAUUAGACAACGCGCUAGUGAAGAACAGUUGCGGCAUGCGGUAGAUAGUAAUUCGAGGAAAGAAAAAGAAUAUUUUGAGUGUCAAGAGAAAUUAGUGAAGCGUUUAGAACUAUUAUAUACCAAAGGAUUAAAGAAUGUUGGAACUGGUCACAGAAAUGCUUUAGAAGCUUCAAGUCAAGAAGCAGUAGAGAAAGUAGAUUUAUCAAAAAACAGAGGCAGGGAAGCUGUAGCUGAAUUAAGGAAAAAGAAACAAGAAAAGCUAGAUGAACAAAGGAAAAUAUUGGAUAGAAAAUUACAAGCACGCGAGGUAGCAAAUGAAAUUAGCCGGGAAAAGUCUACUAGUGUGAAGACUUUAUUGACGAAAAAUACAAAAAAGUCUGACUCUGAGCAAGAAAAAGCGGUAAAUGACAUUGAAAGAAGCAAUCAAUCUGAAAACAUUCCUGUUAAGGAUAAUGAUGAAAACACGGAGACAGUAAAAAAUGAUAUGGGAACACAAUGGCAGAGCGAAGAUCUCCCAAACGAAUGGGAAUCUGUGCCAGUGCUGUCUUUGCCAAAGGAAGACAGUGUAAAAGACUUGCUUGAUAACCCAAACAAGAGCAAACGACCUAAUCUAUUUGCAUUAAGUGAUGAAAUGCCCUCCAGUCUAAGAGGUGGCCUCACUAGUGUGACUGAGGAACCAGCUCCUUUGAAACCGUCACUGACUUUGAUAACAGAUUAUUUACAAAAUAGGAACUUGCGUUUAAGGCAACCUGAACCGAGUUGUAGCAAGAAGUCAACUGAGGAUCUACAGAGUAUUAGGCAGACAAUUCUUCGAACGAGGGCAUCAAGAGCCAAUGGUAGUGUAUUGGAUACUGUAUGUUGUGUUCUCGAUGACCAAGUCAUUCCCGUUCCGUCCUGGCAAGCCGGCGAUAAUGUAAAUUUAAAUAUUUCUAAACAUAAUCACCACUGCCCAAAGUCUUCAAGAAUAUGUACUAAUAUCCCGACUUCCCCGAGAACAAUACGCCGUCAGCUACAUUUAUGCCCCCAGUUUAGGAAUUUAGGUUUGUCCAAAAAGGUCAAAGGUAACGAAAAUUGUGGACUGGCAGGUGACUUGAAAUAUACAACAAACAGGCAUUGGGUCGGUAAGGACAAAACUGCGAGAUCGAAUGAACCUGAUUUAUCGAUUGCUCAGAAGAAAUCUAUAUCAGUAUACAAUCACAACACACGGGACAUACAAAAUGUACCCUGCAAUGACGACGAACUGGUUGUUAGAGACGGCAGGAACACUGACGACGCCUACACUCAGGCCUAUAAAGAGACAACCACGGCGCACAACACGGAAAACAAUGAACUUAAUAAAAAGCAUCAAGACAUGAGGAACAAAGUCGCUGUGACGAGGCAAAACGUCGACAAAGAGUAUAGAGAUACAUUAGCAUUCUUAAAUUCAUUGCCAAAAGAUGUGGGCGCCGGACCUAUUAGAACUGCUUAUAUGGACGACGAACGACGACUAUCCCAUAACAGCAGACAUCAAAGGAAAAUGCAGGACGAGUUCAAGAAAAUUGAGAAGGAAUGCCACAAACACAGUUGUAAGCACACAAAGAGAAAAGCAACGGAGUGCAGAAGCAAAUCUAAAUCACCUACCAGCAGGAGAGACUUUGAAUACUCUUGGAUGCCAGUUCCGGAAAGCGAUAGAAGUCUAGCAAUCCACAACAUACCGAAUAAGAAAACUGGCAACACUGUGAAGUUCGGUCGAGAUAGCUAUCACGAGUACAGGUCGAGGCACAAACACACACCGCCCACCAAAGACACGGACAAGAGGAAGAUGAUAGAAACUGUCAUAGUCCAGAACAGUUCGACGAACGAGUCCUCGAUCACCUCUGAGAGCAGUUCCGCGGAGGACAUGAGCCUCGGCAGAAACAAGGGCGGGACGAAAUUGGAAGAUGCGGACAAAAUAAUCAUAUACAAAAUAUUAAAGUCGAAAAAGGACAAGAAGUGCAAACAUAAAAAGCCGGAAUCUAAACUACAGUCAGAUCGUGACGUAAACGAUGCGGUCGGGGAGAGAGUCGAGGAGCAGUUAACAUCCCAUACUGUCAGCGCUCCAACGAACAGGAGUCAAAGAGGUGUGUCGUUUGAAGAACUUCAUGAAGGCGUGUACAAAGCUGCUAAAAAUAAUGGGCAGUCCUACCAAGUGUCGAGCUGUUACACGGCUAAUUUAGAAAUGUGGCAGACUUCGACGAAACGAAGGCCUUGGUGGGACAACGUAACAUCCCUUUACUACACAGAGGAACCGCAAGAUGCUGAAAAUGUCAAUAAAAGUCUGCGUACAAACAAAACCGAACAACCGUGUUGUGAUAAAAAAUCAAAAGCAUCGCAUCCGGGUGAAGAUUUACAAAAAGACGACGAAGCCAUUGAAGAUAGGUCGGAGAAAACGCGCGGAUGUAAAUGUGACAACACAAUAAGCGGUGACAGCGGUCUGGUUCAACCCUCAGCUGCCACAUCGACCUCAUCAUUCAAAACAGCCACCAAUGAUAAAGGUAAUAGCGCUCCCGAAGCAGGGUUCAUAAAAUUUGUCGACGAAGGCGGUCAAGAGACUGGAAAAUUUUACAUCGGCGCCUCGGGUUUCAUCAAAGACGACGACUACGAAGUGGUUAUACAGCUCAGAAAGAGAGAUGGAGAGAGAAUUAAAAACAGAAGCCCAGCGAAUGAAGAACACAACGAAUUGGAUAAACCGUCUAAGAGCACUCUCACGGAACAAGACAAAGCUCCUCUGCAGCAGAAAUGUGAUGCCGAACCAUUAAUCACAGAAUGUAAUCUCGACUCACCAAAAGAGAGUCAAGACGGCAACGAAACAAAGGAAGCGGAAAAACAUCCAGUGGACGCUGGAGAUAAUCCGCCGAAAAUUACUCCCAGCACCUGUGAGAAGGCCGUGCUAACAAGCUUCCAAGAUUCGUAUGCUAUACCCGACGAAGUGCCCAAGACUGAUCCUGUGGCACGAGAGGCGACAUCGACGUACACACAGACUUCAUUCAAUUCACCCAUUCAAAGGCCAGUUUUCAUGCACAUGAGUUCAUCGACCUCGACAGCGUAUAUGAGUCCGCCGGAUUUGAUUCUCCCGAAAUUCUUAAAACAAGAUUACGUCUUCACGUACGACGCAUUCGACUCCGAAAACACUUUACCAGCUGCACACCAACACAAGUCUAGAGCACAACACGCGAAACAAUAUCACUGUAAUAAAAAAUGCGUUUGUAGGCGAUGUGUAUGUAAGGGAGCAAUGAAAUAUGACUUGAAAGACGUUAAUACAAUGAAAACGCCUCCCAACACAGCCAGGAGCUCGUACAAAUGCUUAUCUUCCCGCGAAAAGAUACACAAUGAAUGCAAAAAGCCUAAAUGUCGCAAGUGCUUAAGCCGCAGUAGCGGCAGCAAACAUUCGAUAUGUCAUAAAUCCAAUCGAAGAAGUGAGCAAUCUCUUAGUAAAAAAACUAAUAAAAAUAUAACGAGCAGCGACAACGUAUCUACACCGCAAACCCCAAACAGAAUAAACGUUAAGGUGAAGCCGAAAAAUGCAAAAAUUAACCCUGUUGUGAAGAAAUAUGUGAAUGAACUUCUGUCACUAAACAAGCAAGGUCUCAAAGCUAUUGACAUCAUAAAUGAAGAUUGUAGCUCAGUGCCGACACCUGGCAGCUCGAUUAUCAACGACACUUGCAAUGCAGGUAGAGAUCCAAGAUUAACCAGUAAAAUAUCCCUCGAAGAAAUCAAAAAUAUGUUGCGAGAAAAGAUACUUAAAGAUUUGGCAAAUCGCAAUGUAAUUGGUGACACCAAUAUACUCAAAUGCACGGAGAGCCCGACUAGAAAAUCAUUUAUUAUACCCAAAAAGAAGUUGCAUAAGGUAAAAUCUUUAAAUAUCUCCAAGCGCUUUCAGAACAAAAGUAAAAUAUACUCGAAAGAGAACUUACACAGAAGAAAGUCUGAAUCUUCUUCCUCCUCGACGAGAGCCUUACCUGAAGAUGCGGAAGUUAAGAAGAGUAGAAGCAAGAGCUCACCAACUCCACGACCUUCAAAGACUUCGGAGUAUAAUAAUAAUACUAGCUCAGAUAUAGGCGAUACAAUUGAUUCAAGAAUCACUAAAGGAUCAACGCAUAGCCUUAAAAAUAAGCAGUCUCGAGGUCGACCUUCGGUUAAAAUUGCUCAGAGUUCCAGAUUUCCGCCAAACAAUGAAUUCGUGAUGCCACUUCACAGAGCUGUCACCACGUCUAUGUCCUCCGAGUCAGGCCUCAAUAGCUUCCUCUUCAAUAACAUCGGUCGAACACAAGUACCAGCGACUACUUGCACCCAAACAAGCGAAAUUAUUGAUAGUGACGCAAAUUUUAUGCAAUUGGCAGAAAACAAGUUACAAAACAUGGAAAAAAUUGCAGACUUGACAGAAAAAUGUACGAAACGUUUGUCCAAUUUGGCGAGAGUUUUAGAAGAGGUACGAAGAAAUAAAACUUCCAUAUACAGCCAAAUAUCAACAUCAGACUCCGCGUCGGAGUCCGAUAACAAAAGUGGCAAACAUAAAACAAGUCAAAUGUCCGUGUGUCAAUCUGAUCCUAAUAUAUUAGUUCAGAAUAAAACAAAUCCGACCCCUUCACCUUCCACGACACCAAAACCAGAGGAUAAACCAGAUAAUGAGAUGGUUCACAUUCAAUUUACACCUUUCUUAAAAGACAUUCCGAGACCUGAAGUUUUUAAAUCGCCAUCGAACACAUCAUUAUCGGUUUGUAGUGAAAAGUCAGUAAUGGGUUCCCAACCAGUCGGCCCCGUAGAACAUGUCACCAUGAAAUGUAGGGGUCGGCCGCCUCCAGCCUUAAACCGAGUCAACUUGAAGCAUGCUCAAGACGCUUUAAUAACUCCUCAUGAAUUAUCUACCGUUGUUGAAGUUGACUCACCCAUGAGUUUAAAAACGAAAAACCAGUCGUCUCACGAACCACGUGUAGAUGUUUCAAAUAUAUCUAGUGGAACAGAUAAUAUUAUAGCCCAAGACAACCUUCAUGUUACAGCAGAAAUACGAGCGGUGAAGGAGAGCCAUUUAAAUCCUGAUCUACUACAAAAUAACAUUACUUUGUCAAAGAAACUAUCAAAAAUUUCGUCCAACGAUUCCUCCGAUGAUUCCAAGAUGCGUAUGAUGGACAUGAAGCAGUUCAAUGACAUAAUGCUAAAACCGUUUAUAAGUCUGCAAGAAUACGCAAAGCAGUGUAACAUCGGUCUCGACGAUGGCUCCAACAAUGAAGAGAUAUUUAAAGAGGAUCCAGGAAACGACGAACUGAGCUCCUUACAUUCUGAUGGCAGUUUGCCCGAUGUUAUUGCAGAGUUAUUAAAACGAAAGGUAAUCGCUGAACCUUUUCAGUUCGACUCCGCCUCCAAUAUUAAUUCGACCACGCUAUCUUCUGAAUCGACGAUUUCUAUGCUUGCGUUAUCCAAAGUGAGGAAAGGAAAAGAUAAAAGUAUGCUUAUGAGAAACAAAGAGAAAAUUGCUGAAACUUCUGAAACUCUAAGCAUAUCAUCUAAUCCUGAUUUAGAAAAGGCGUUUCAGAAACUCGGCAUGGGUUGGGCUUCGUCAACGUUAAAGAAAACUAAAGAGAGAUUGGCAUUGUCGUCUUCGUCGAGCGCCUCCAGCUCAAGCUUGUCGCAGUUCAAGAUAAAGAGUUUUAGUCAAAAUGUCCCAACGCUAGGAACUGAUUCCACUUCGUCAUUGGCCGAUACCUCUAAUAAUAAUGGCCAUAGGAAAUCACCAACCAGACCUAUCGAAAAUUCUAGGAACGCUGUACAACAAACGUCUCUGACGAACUCUAUGACUGUAAAAGAAUUUCUAACUAACGAACUAGCAAAGAAGAUCACAUUCAAGAACAAAUCUAAUAGAAAAGAAGCCGAUGAGGAAUUCGUAUCGUUAUACGAAACGAAAAUGCCGGAGGAAUUGAAAAAUGCCCAAAUUGCUAGGGACGAAGAAGAAUCGAGCGUGACCAGUGUCAAUAACAACAGGGCGCGGACUUCUACUCCCGUGCAAAUCUUCAAGUCCACCACAUACCGCUCCACAUCCAGUUCCAACACCUCGAACGGCCUGUUCAGCAACGCUGACGACUUGUCCUCCGUUAAAGGGACUUCGAACUCGGUUCGCAAUCAUUCCACUUCCGACAAGGACGACCUCACCAUUCCCGACUGCAGCCUCAAGACGAAGAAGGAGUUGUCCGGCUGCAGCAAAAGUGAUUAAUGUUGCUCUAAAUUAUACGUUAUCUAUUUAUGCGCUAUUUUAUUUUCUUAUUUGUAUAACUUAUAAUGGAAUGUUACUUAAAAUAGAAUUGUUGUGAUUUUAUAUGGUUUGUAUAUUAUUUUAAAUCAAUAUAGUUUAAUAAAAAUAUAAUUAAAAAAUA